GCAAAGAGGACUGAAGGCAAAGGGGUGGUGGGAUGGGGGAGGAAAGCCAGGAGUGAACCGAGCUGUUGCUGGCACCCCUUGUCUUGGGGACCAGGCAGGGAAGAGACCGUAGAGAAGGAGAGGAGGAACUUUAGAUCUGACUUCCCUUGUGGUGUGUCUGUGUCCUGAGCAUCCCCUCCCCACCCCAACCCUGCUGGUUGUUAAAUGAAAGCACGUGAAGAACAUGAGGUUUCCUGCUUGAGAGGGAGGCCGGGUGAGGGAGGAGGAGGAAGGCGAGUUGUGGUUUCGUGGUGUGGUUUGACACCGAGAUCAGAGCGAGCGUGCCUGGGGGUGGGAGCAGAAACAGAAAGGGCGUCUGAUGCCAGCUGCCAAUAUGACAGAAACACUGCAGCUUCCAGCCCUGCAAGUCCCAGAGCAGCAGGUGGUCGAGAGUGGCCGUGCCUGGUCCAGUUCUUCCACCCCAACCCUGCGCAGGAGACGCUUCAAGAUGAGGCGGAUGAAGAAUGUGCAGGAGCAGAGCCUGGAGGCCGGCAGGUAUCAGGAUUCUCCUUCCUCCAGCAAGGAAUACCUGCAGCUCCCAUCCAUUGAGAUCACCCCCUCCAGUGAUGAGGACACUCCUUGGUCCAACUGCUCCACACCCACUGCCUCCCCGCGCCGCAAGCGCUUCCUCCUUCGGAAGUGGCUGCGUGUGAGAGAGAAGAAGGAGUACAGUGAGAGCAGCAGCCAGCAGAGCAGCCAGCAGAGCAGCCACGAUGAUGAUUCCUCCCGGUUCCUGAGCCCCCAUCUGCGUGAGGACAGUACUGCCAGUAACUCCAACCGCAGCACUCCUGCCUGCUCCCCCAUCCUGCGCAAGCGCUCCCGCUCCCCGACACCGCAGGACUCCCAAGGAGACACCAUGGUGGAAAAAGGCUCAGACCACUCAUCAGACAAAUCCCCUUCCACCCCAGAGCAGGGGGUACAACGGAGCUGUUCUUCCCAGUCAGGCCGCAGUGGGGCCAAGAACUCCAAGAAAAGCCAGAGUUGGUAUAAUGUUUUGAGUCCAACAUACAAACAAAGGAAUGAAGACUUCAGGAAACUCUUCAAGCAGCUUCCUGACACGGAGCGCCUCAUCGUAGAUUACUCGUGUGCGCUCCAAAGAGACAUCCUCCUGCAGGGCCGCCUCUACCUCUCUGAAAACUGGAUCUGCUUCUACAGCAACAUCUUCCGUUGGGAGACACUGCUGACAGUCCGCUUGAAGGAUAUCUGCUCAAUGACCAAGGAAAAAACAGCACGGCUCAUCCCUAAUGCCAUCCAAGUUUGCACUGACACUGAAAAGCACUUUUUCACUUCCUUUGGGGCUCGGGACAGGACGUACAUGAUGAUGUUCAGACUCUGGCAGAAUGCUCUCCUUGACAAGCCACUCUGUCCAAAGGAGCUCUGGCACUUUGUCCACCAGUGUUAUGGGAACGAGCUGGGUCUGACCAGUGAUGAUGAAGAUUAUGUGCCUCCUGAUGAUGACUUCAACACGAUGGGCUACUGUGAAGAAAUCCCUGUGGAAGAGAACGAAGUCAACGACAGCUCCUCAAAAAGCAGCAUGGAGGCCAAGCCAGAAGCCAGCCCUCAGCUGCCAAAGAAAUCUGUCACUGCCAGCACCCUGACAUCCACGGGGAGCAGUGAAGCACCAGCCUCGUUUGAUGGAGUGCUACCAGAAGAGGAGGAGGCAGUGGCUGAGAGUCCUGUGGAAAAAGACCUUGGCAUUGCAAAUAUCAUGGGUGAGAAGAUAGAGAUCAUUGGCCCUGUGAACUCCCCUUCCCUAGACUUCAAUGACAACGAAGACAUUCCCACUGAGCUCAGUGACUCCUCAGAUACCCAUGAUGAAGGAGAAGUCCAAGCCUUUUAUGAGGAUCUGAACGGGCGUCAGUAUGUGAAUGAAGUGUUCAACUUCAGUGUGGACAAACUCUACGAUUUGCUUUUCACGGACUCCCAGUUCCAGAGGGAUUUCAUGGAGCAGCGCCGGUUCUCUGAUAUUAUCUUUCAUCCCUGGAAGAAGGAAGAAAAUGGCAAUCAGACCAGAGUGAUCUUGUAUACCAUUACCCUCACCAACCCUCUAGCCCCCAAAACUGCCACUGUCACUGAGACACAGACAAUGUACAAAGCCAGCCAAGAAAGUGAGUGCUAUGUCAUAGAUGCAGAGGUGCUAACUCACGACGUCCCCUACCAUGAUUAUUUCUACACCAUUAACCGCUACACGUUGACUCGUGUUGCCAGAAACAAAAGCCGACUCAGGGUUUCCACAGAGUUACGUUACAGGAAGCAGCCCUGGGGGCUGGUGAAAUCCUUCAUUGAGAAGAAUUUCUGGAGUGGCCUGGAAGAUUAUUUCCGUCAUUUGGAGAGUGAACUGACCAAAACUGAGAGCACGUACCUGGCUGAGGUGCACAGACAAUCCCCCAAAGAGAAGGUGAGCAAGCAGUCGACCGUGCGCCGGAGGAAACGAGCCCACGGGCACCUCCGGGUGCCCCACCUGGAGGAGGUGCUGAGCCCUGUCACCACCCCCACGGAUGAGGAGGUUGCACAUCGGAUCAAACAUGUGGCAGGUUCCACCCAGACACGGCACAUCCCUGAGGAGAGCCCCAGUGGCUUCCACCUGCAGAGUGUCUCCAAGCUGCUCCUUGUCAUCAGUUUUGUUUUGGUGCUGCUGGUCAUUCUCAAUAUGAUGCUGUUCUACAAGCUGUGGAUGUUGGAAUAUACGACACAGACUCUCACGGCGUGGCAGGGCUUGCGGCUACAGGAAAGGUUACCCCAAUCUCAGACAGAAUGGGCCCAGUUACUAGAAUCUCAGCAGAAGUACCAUGACUCAGAGCUACAAAAGUGGCGUGAGAUCAUCAAAUCCUCAGUGAUGCUCCUAGACCAGAUGAAAGAUUCCCUAAUAAAUCUUCAGAAUGGCAUCGGGUCCCGGGACUUCGGGUCAGAUCCAGAAGAGAAACGGAAACGUUUCCACUAAGAGGCAGGAAUGCAGGAGGCCAGAGGACGUGGUCCUGAGGCACCUAAAUAGAGGAGACAGACAGAGGGCAGCCUGCAGCUUGCACACCAUCCAGGACAUGCACAAUCAGCUGCAAAAUAGAGGUUAGUGGCAGAUAUUUCAGGGGAAUGAGUUGCUCCUGAUUAGUUAGAGGGGUCUUCCCCAUGCUACUAGACAUAGGAAAAGAUUUAGGAUUCCUCUUCCUCUAGGGCUUGUUUACAUGAGCACAGUUUGCAUAAAGCCAACAUGUGAGUUAAUGUUUAUGAAAAUGGGGUCUGGGAAGGCUGGUACCCAGGUGUGCAGGGGCUCCAGUCCUGUGCAGUGAUCCAGGAAGAUCACAGGUAUAACUAAACAUUAUGACCAGGUAGCAUCCUAUCACUCAGCAUCUGCUUUUCCCUGCCAGGACAGAAGCAAAGCACUUCCCAAUUUAGAGGUGGGACAGACCACAGGAAAGCUGUCAGUAACAAAGACCUUAAACCAGCAGCUCCUGUCUCAAUGGGUAAUUCAGUCAUGAUUUUGAGGCAGCUGCUCCCAGAUCUUGACAGACCCCCCCUUGCUGUGCUACCUGCUCACCUCCAUAAGGAUUUCUCCACCUCCAUCUCUGCCAGCCUUGCUGCUGCUCCAGUCUUUCACAGCACAUCCAGGGGAACUCUGGCUCAGUCUUUUCAGUCUCAGCACUAGUUAAGACAUCCAGCAGGGAGGGGCUUGCUUAAAAUUAACAGUCCAAACCUUAAACCAAAGCAUCUGAGGUAAGUGGCUCACAAAACAUUCAUGUAGUUUCCAAGAUGUGAUGGUGCUGACUUUCUGGCCUGUUCCCCCUGCCUGGCAUGUUCUGAUCAAUCUCUGCUUUGCAGUCUCUGCAGGAUGACUCUCUGUGCCAUGAUCCCUUUCUUUUUUUUCUAGAUGUGCACACUGGCCAAAUUAGCUCCUCAUGUCUUGAUUGACUGCUGAUUAUUUCCCAACCUAGGCAGACAGCAUGGGCUUCUCUCUCAGCAUGGAUAGGUGGUGUGCCAUGCCCUCUUCUCUCACACAGGCUUUGCAGUGCUUGCUAUGGCUUUUCCCUCCCCCCUCACACCUUUGCUGCUGGACAAUCAUUCCCUCUGUCAUAGCUGGACCGAGCUGGUGCUGUCCCUGCUUGCCUUUCCUUGCUGUAUGCUCUUUAUGUGAAUGUGUUGGGUUGUUUUUUUCUUUUUUUUCAGUAGGGAAAAAGACUUCCUUCUGCUGAAGGAUUUAUAUUUGCACAUGGCUCAGGGAGGUUCCUCCUCUGGCCGCUUCUGUUACCUCACUCAUUUAGGCCAAUUCCAUUGCUAAUGUUAAAUGGCCACCACCCUCCCCAACCCAAACUCUUGAGAAUAGUUAGGGAAUAAAACCAAUGUGCAGCUCAGGUUCUAGAGCCAUCCAGUUAUGUCUCAGUUUUGGCCCAAGCUGCCCCAGAACCACCAGGAUGUGGGAUAGCAGCUGUUAGGGGACAACAACUUUAUCCAGUGAAGAGGUGGAGCCUGUGCCACCUCAUUCCCCCCUCCUCCAGAAUCCCACCUCCAGAAUCCCACCUCCCUUAGUAGCACUUAACAGAUAGGGAAGCACUAACCUGACUCUUGGCCCAACGAGGUCAAGAGGGAGGGAGAAGAGCAGCAGAAUCAUCGCAGCGUUUGGCAUUGUGUGGCCAUGGCACCUCUGGGACGUCCCCAUCCUCAUGGCAGCUCAUCUCCCAUCACAUACUCCAGGGCUGGAUAAAGCUGCUAAAAACCUGGAGCCCAUCCUCCCCACCCCAGACCCUGGAUCCUGCAGCCCCCAUCGCUGUGCGUGACUGCACGUUAACAGGGAUUCUCCUCGUGUCAGCAAGGAAAGGGUCAGACAGCCACCCUUAGGUGUGUGCUGCCUUUCUGGAUUUCACAACCAGAACCAGGGGAGGGCUCAUGGGACCUUGGGUGGGCUUGGGGAGGAAGAUUGGGGUGGUUUUAUGGGUUGUCUCACUGUCACAAAGUUUGCGCUGUGCGCAAAGGGUGAUAAAUGAUACUGAAACUUACCUGCUAGAACCUAGGAGUUGUAAAGGCUGUGCAGCCAAACCUUACUGUAAAGUAGCUAGUACCAUGGAAGUAUGGUAUAAAUUAAAAGAAAAGAAAAACAAACAAAAAAACCCUAUCAAACAAA